AUGGAGCAAAAUUUUCUUAAUAAUUUACUAGGCUCGGUAAUGUCAGGGUUUAUGGAACGAGCAGGAGGAGCCUUGAUUAAAUUAGGUGGCAAACUUCCUUAUGUUGGAGGUCUGAUUAGUUUUUUUGGAGGAGGAGAUGAAAAAGCCAAGAAAAAAGGUAAUCAUUUAGCUGACAUUAUUACCCCUAAAAAAUACCAUGAAUUUUUAGGAAUUGAAUUAGAAGGAGACCAAAACAAAGACCAAGCCGAAAACGAACAACACACAGCCCGAGCCAAAAAAUCCACAGCCAAAAGUCAGCAUCGAAUAGUUGAACCUUCAAUUUUCUAUUCUAAUACCAUUGAUUUCAAUUAUGACUUCUUUGAGUUUGCUAAUCGAUGUGUAGCCAAUCCAUUUAUGAUUAGGUUUGAACAUUCCGAAACUUUAUAUAACAAUCUCUUAAAUAAUAACAAUAAGUCUCCUCUCCAAAAUAUUCAAUGUCGUGCUUGUGGAGCAGGAACUUAUUUUUAUGAUGAUUUAGAUAAAUUAUUCCAACCUUGGAGACCUAGAUACAAGCAAUUACAAUCUUUUACUCAUGGAGAUACCUUUAAUUCUAAUACUAGUCCAGGACAGGAGGAUGUAGAUGUAGUUAAAAAGAAAAAUAUUGGAGGCACAGCCCAAGGAGGGGAUACAGUAGUCCCUGACAGCACAGCCGUUUAUAUUUACAAGGAUAGUUAUUUAAAAAAUGAUACCACAGGCAUUAAUUACUUACCCGACAUUAUGGAGAUGUUAUCAGUUCACUUUAAUAUCCCCGAAGGAAAGUAUACUUAUCGAAUACAUGGUUUUAACUCUUCUUCCAAUGAAACUGAUGCUAGUUUUAAAAGUCAAGAAGGAGAUACAGCUGUGGCUACUUUAUCAGGCACUAACAUUAGUAUUAGAGUAGAAAUUAACAAAGAAGAAAUUGAUUAUCGGUUUAAAUAUGAAAGAAUACAAGGAGAAAAAGAAAAUGAAUAUUUAGGUAAAGAAUAUGUUGAGCCUGAAUGA